GUCCAAAAACGCAAUUCUUGUCAUCUGCGUCGCCAUCACGCGGCGUUUCAAGCGCUGUGAAUAUGGCGGAUCCGGAAGGAGAGUCGCUAGAGUCUUGGCUCAAUAAGGCCACUAACCCCUCCAAUAGACAGGAAGACUGGGAGUAUAUUAUAGGAUUCUGUGACCAAAUCAAUAAAGAAUUAGAAGGUCCACAGAUCGCCGUAAGGUUGCUAGCUCAUAAAAUCCAGUCUCCUCAGGAAUGGGAAGCUAUACAGGCUUUGACAGUAUUAGAAGCAUGCAUGAAGAACUGUGGGAGAAGGUUUCAUAAUGAAGUUGGAAAAUUUCGAUUUUUAAAUGAAUUGAUCAAAGUUGUUUCACCCAAGUAUCUGGGUGACAGAGUGUCAGAGAAGGUGAAGAUGAAAGUUAUUGAAAUGCUGUUCAGCUGGGCAGUUGCUCUGCCUGAUGAAGCCAAAAUAAAUGAAGCCUAUCAGAUGUUGAAGAGACAAGGCAUUGUCACCACUGAUCCAGAGAUCCCCGUGGACAAGACUCUGAUACCUUCACCCCCUGCGCGUCCCAGGAACCCCGUGUUUGAAAACGAGGAGAAAAGCAAGCUGCUAGCAGAACUCCUGAAGAGCAAAAACCCAGAGGAUCUCCAGGAGGCCAACCGGCUCAUCAAGAACAUGGUGAAGGAGGAUGAGGCCAGGAUGCAGAAAGUGACGAAGCGUAUGAACACCCUGGAGGAAGUCAACAACAACGUGAAGCUUCUGAAUGAGAUGCUGACCCACUUCAACAGGGAGGAGUCUUCCGAGGCAGACCGAGAACUCAUAAAGGAGCUUUAUGACCGAUGUGACAAGCUGAGGCGCACAGUGUUCAAGUUGGCCACAGAAACUGAGGACAAUGACAACAGCUUGGGUGAUAUCCUGCAGGCAAGCGAUGACCUGUCUCGAGUCAUUAAUUCUUACAAGAAGACCGUGGAGGGCCAGGCAGUUAAUGGAGAGGCGGAUGUUCUGAGUUCAUCAACGACAGAAGGCAAAAGAGGCCAUGCAACUACGGAGACUCUUAUAGAUCUGGCUGGCCUUGACAUUCCAAGUCCCUCCCCACCAGAGCCGGCACUGGCUCCUCAACUUCCAGAUGCCCAACUCCCCAAUCUGCUGGCGGCACCUCCAAUUCCAGUCUUGCCUCCUCCUCCCUAUGGAUUGACUGGAUCACAGGCCUACCCUAUCAGCCAGUCUGAAAGCCCCAACCAUCCAUCCACUGGCCAGACAUCCACUGCUCUCUCCCUUCUGGACGAGGAGCUCCUCUCACUAGGUCUCAAUGACCCAGCUCCAAGUUUGAAUGAUCAAAAUCACAAUAAACCAAAGGAAGAUGACUUGAGCACUCAGUGGACCUCAUUACAGUCCCAGUCUACUGAUCCAGGGUUGGAUUUCUUUGCGAGUGCACCUCUACCUGGGCCCAUGUUCCCUGCGGAGAGCGCAUCCACAGUGCCUGCCCCUAGGACAAGCUCUGUGUGUUACCCAGAAGCCCCCAGGACCGCGUGCUUCCCUUACCCUAGCGCAGCGGCUAACUCUGGCUCCGCCUCUCUCAACUCGGGUCUGCAGGACCUUGCCAUGCUUGACCUUGGGGACCCUAAGAGCAUGCCUGGCCUCUUGAACCCAGGUGCAAUAUUCGGGAUGGGGCCGCCAGCUGGCCCUGCCGCCUCCUCCAUUCUUGGGUUCCCCGUCCCCAGCUCCACCCCUCUCCCCCUUGGUACGAUGCCUGCUUCUCCUGCGGUGUCCCACGCCAAAGCCCAGGCCGCCAGCUCCACCCCGGGGAGCCCCCUCUUCCGCUCGCUGUCUCCCAUUCUUCCCCAGACACAAAGCAGCCCGGCCAAAGGGCCCGAGGUUUCCCUAGCCAACGUGCAUGUCCCCCUGGACUCCAUAAAGCCCAGCAAAGUGCUGCCGGUGACAGCCUAUGACAAGGACGGCGUUCGUGUGCUGCUGCAUUUUGCCACGGAGUGCCCGCCCGGCCGGCCCGACGUGCUGGUGCUGGUGGUGUCCAUGCUCAACACGGCACCGCUUCCUGUCAAGAACGUUGUGCUGCAGGCUGCCGUGCCGAAGUCAAUGAAGGUGAAACUUCAGCCGCCUUCAGGGACCGAACUGGUCCCCUUCAAUCCCAUCCUGCCCCCGGCAGCCGUCACUCAAGUCAUGCUUCUGGCCAAUCCGCUGAAGGAGAAGGUGCGGCUGCGCUACAAGCUCAUGUUCACGCUGGGAGAGCGGCAGUGCACAGAAGUGGGAGAGGUGGACCAGUUCCCCCCACCGGAGAAAUGGGGCAACCUAUAGCCUCUGGACUAUAGCCAGGACGAGAUGACAGCCGACCGUACUAUCUCCCAGUGAAAGGGGGAGGCAGUGUUUCUCUGAAUGUGUGUGUGUGUUUUUUUUUUAUUUAUUUAUUUUUUUUAUAAAUCAACAAAGUAGGCAAGUGCUGUUAACAUUAUUUCAUCAUCGCCCACUUUGAUGUAAUUUUUUGGAUUAUUAUUUUUUUGCUUUGUAAUUUUUUGAAACUGCUUAAGGUCAAGUUUCAGGAUUGGCUGUUGAUAUGGACAAGCUGCACUUUAAGCCACAUACAGCACUGGGGAAAAUUCCAUUUGCACCCUACAUGUACAUAUCCUGAACUACGUAUGCUUUAAAGGAACUAACUUAAGCCCAUCAAGAGGACAAAAGCACCCAGGGCCAGAAGGCAGCUUGUACUUUCACACAAGAAAGGGGAGAUUAGGGUUGCCACUCAACCAAUUGGUUAUGGACAAUCAUUUCAUUGUUGGUGCUGAAUGGUGGGAGCCCAUAGCCAAUUGAAACUGCAUGAAUCUUUUAUGUGCCCCCCCCCCCCCCCCCCCAGAGACUGCUUCUAGUACCUCACCAACAACUACUUUGUUGUAUGGAAGGCAGGUGCGUUUUCAGAUUAUUUACAACCUCAGACAGUCAUGAAGUAAGCGGAGUUGCUGCCCGUUUUGUUAUUUCAAGCUGUCGGAGAAGACGUUCGGACUUACAGUCUAUUCGAAGUAUUUUCAUGUAUGUGAAGUGUUUAUAUUUUUUGUUACCAAUAUUUUCAUUCUUCCUAUUAUUUGGAACUUACAGACGGUGGGGCUAUCUUUAUUCCCAUUUGCAUUCUUUUGCUGUAUGUUGGUACCUGAAAGCGAUCUGUAUAUUUCUGGGGUAGAUAGAGAGCAUGGUGCAGCCCAGUAGGUUAGAGAGAGAACUCUUAGCGCGUGAUGGUGUGGUCCAUCAGUGUUUUUUUUUUCGGUUACAAUGAUUGUUCAAGUCCCAUGAAUGCUUUUUUGGUUUUGAUUGUGAUGUCCAAUCAAUCCCUUUUGAAGUGUUAUUUAUUGGUUUCAGUUAUGGAUUCUACUAUCUCUUAGCCGCUGUUUGCUGUUUUCUUAAAUCUUGACGUUGCAGUAUAUUGCUGAAUUCCUUCUACAGAGGCAAACUUUCCACCAGGCCCCUCUCUGCUGACUGUGAAUGUUGGUUGUCUUUGCCAGUAUUGCAGUUAUUUAUUAUUUGCCCUUAGAUUUAUCAGUUCAAUAUAUGUACUCGCUGAGCAGACUAACGGUCUUAUUUCAAAGGCAUCCUCUACAGGUGUAGUUUGAGGUAGCACUCUGUUUGGUUACAUCUCUGACAGCAGUAGAAUAUAUAUACUCAAUCCAGUGUCAUUGCCGGUAGGUUUGUGCUGGCGUGGUACAGUACGUACGUGAAAUGAGAAAUGUCAUUGUAAGGCGACUGCAGUGGUCUGUUGGGGAGUAACCCCCAGCACACCGCUCUCUGUCUUGUCUCCUCAUUCUGAUGUCAUUUCCUCUGUCAGCACUGUGACUUGUUACAAUGGCAGAUGCUCCAAACUUUCUAUGUACAUUGCUGUAUUUAUUGUCCUCUAGAGGUUGUUGAAGUUAAUGUAUGUAUCUGUUAAUGUGACUCUUUACAAAUGCUAGCAGAAAAUACUUGUACAUAUUUAAAUGUAAGAGGUGUUUCACUGCAUGAAGAAUUAAAGUCUUCAUUUUAAAUGGAACCAAAUGA